AUGAAGGAGGAAAGUGAAAAAGGUGAAAAAAAAGAACAACAUUGUGAUGAACAAAAGGAACCCAGUACACCUUCCAAAACAAAAUUGAAAGUCACCACUACCACAUCACCAACGUUUAAAGGUGGACUGGAUGUAGCUGCCAAUACAUCUAUUGCAAAAUCACCAAAGAUUCUGAAGACACCAAUCAAAAAAAAUAAAAGUUUGGAAUCUAUUCCACAAAUCUCUUCAACAGUAACAUCAUCAAGGCCCCUAAGUAUACGUUUACUUUUAUCACCGGAAAAAAACCCAAGCGAUAAAUUAAAUAAUACUUAUUUGGAUUCUUUGGCUAAUAAUACAACUAAUGACAGGAAAGUACAUAGGGGAGUGUCCAAAUCUACCUCCUUACCAAAUGUUUCAUUGAAACCACCUUUGACACCGCAAACUAUCAGAAAUACUAAUCUUUUUUUAUCGCCGUCUCCAAGAUUAAGCUUACUCUCUCCAAAUGUUGAAUAUACAAACAACGCUACGCCUAAUUUUGCUAGCGGCAAAGAUGACGUUCUGGUACCAAUACAUGAGCUAUCAGAGAACUUGAAAAGUAGACUCAAUUAUGCCUAUGAAAAACUAAAGUUAAAAAGUGAAAUAAAUUACCAACAGCAACAGCAGCAACCAGUAUCGCCCAUCAACAGAAGGAGGUUUUCAACGGGCUAUUAUUCAAACCCUACUUUAGAACCAGCAUACAAUGAAAAAUUUUAUAAUAGUGAUGGAGAAGAUAAUGAAGAUAAUAGUGCACAUCAAGCAUUUUUGAAAGCCAUGAGCAGCCCCAAAAAAAAGAAAAGAAAUAGACAUUUGGGGUUGAUGAACCAAUCUGGUUUAAUAUAUAACAUAUCGUCAUCGCAUUCAUUAUCUGAAAAACAAAGAAAAGAGAAUGAAACAUCCUCUUCAUCAGCACUUUUUAUUGUGCCAAAAACAACACAGAGCGUUGCAUCUGAAGCAGAUGCAGUUCAAAGUUUGAUAACUCUUUCAUCAGGUGGUAAUAAUGCUACUAAUGAUGUACGUGCAGACUUUGAACUGUCUCAAAGACAAAUGCUUUAUAAUAAGUCUUUGCAGAUUACAAAUUUAAACAAUAACGGUGUUGCUAACAAUAAUGAUGGUAGUAUUAUUAAUAAUACUUGUGAACCCACCAUUAAGGAAAAUAAUACUAUUAGUAGUAGUAGUACCAGUAACAGCCUGAGCGAAGAAAAGCUUGCUUAA